AUGGCGCAUAACGACUGGGUGGAUUGGUGGCUUCAGACCAAUUUUGGGAGAAAGAGCAAGAUUAACUGGGAUUCGACGCGACAUGCAGAGAUUUGGGACUAUUAUCACCAGGUUGCUCAUAGUGUAGAUGGUGCGCUAAAGGUCAUGUGUCAACGCUGUGGAGCUAUUCUUGAGCACCCCUAUACUGUUAACUCAAAGACAAAGGGCAAGAUACAAUAUCAUGGCACAUCAACAAUGCAGAAGCACCUUAAGACAGCAGGGCGUUUAAAGAGUGAACGAGGGAAGAGAGCAGAGAUAACUGAAUUUCUUAAGAAUAGUGCGUUUAUAGCAAUCACAGGCUAUUUUAUUGAUGCUGAUUGGGUCUAUCGCGAGGUACUACUUGGGUUUAAGCCUCUUUAUGGGCCACAUACUAGUGUGAACCUAAGUAGCGUCGUUCUUCAAACUCUUAUGGAGCAUAACCUUGAAUCACGAGUAUUUGGGUUAACAACGGAUAAUGCAUCUAAUAAUAAGACCUUGAUUCCAUGCCUUGCUCAUGUUAUUCAGCUCAACUUCAACCAGCUUCUUGAUCGCAUUAAGUCAAGACUAGCCCAAGCGAAUGCGCAGCACCAAGGGCGAGAGAUAUCUUAUACCUUAAAUAAGGUCCGCUAUCUCGUAAUCUAUGUGAACGCAAGUCCUCAGCGCCGGGAGACUUUCUAUAAUCUCCAGACGUCAAGCGUGAAGCUAGUGCCUAUCCAAGAUGUGAGAACUCGAUGGAAUUCAACUUUUCUAAUGCUUCGUCAGGCAAAGCGUCUACGCAGUAUCUUUACGCCAUUUUGUGCAGAGUAUGACUGUGAAGAGAUGUUACUUCAGGAUGAGGAGUGGCGCCAGGUUGACUAUCUUCUUUCACAUUAUGUGUUUAAGAUUUACAAUAAACUCUUCGAACACCUUAAGCAGUUAAUGAAGCAGCUACGACGAAAGCGCGCUCCAUGGAAGCAACAAAUGCUUCAUGCACUAGAGGCUGGUCAGACAAAGCUUGAUGAGUACUACUCUCAAACUGAUUAUAUUCCAGGGCACAUCUAUGCAGUCAGUACGAUGCUGGCACCAGUGAAUAAAUUCAAAUUCUUCCUUACAAAGGAUUGGGAUCAGAAAUGGCGGGAUAUCUAUCGCAAGUCCUUCCAAUAG